AUGGUUGUGUUUAAUACUGGUCUUACUAAUAUCAGUGGUGUAGAUUCCGAUGACGUGAGAUUAUUAAAACCCACAGCCAUUGAUCCCGAUCUUUGGCAGAAAAGAAAACGAAAUACUGUAGCAUGUAUUACGUGUCAUUCUUCUAAACAGAAAUGUGUCCCAUCAGAUUUAAAUAAUAUAUUUUGGAAACCUUGUAUCAGAUGUUUAAAAUCAAAGAGACAAUGUACUUUUGAUUUGUCAAAAAGAACACGAAAUAGAAGAACACCAAAAUCUUCAUCGCAUAGUUCCCCUUCAUCUCAAUCGAUAUCAUCAGUGAAAAGACAAAAAAUAGAUAAUGAUAUUGAUUUCAUUAAACCAGAAGAACCCAACAUUACUUAUUCAAAUAACUCACAAUAUCUGAACAAUUCUAAUAUAUCUGGAGGUAAGUUUACUGAUUCUAACAAUAUAUCCAUAGCAAGUAACAACACUGGAAAGCCUUUAAAGUUAGGACAUUUUACCCCCAGUUCUCUCCCCACACAAGCAAAUAACUUAAACCAACAGUAUUCUCCCAACGAAACCAUCCCGAAUAAUAAUAUACAGAGUUAUCAAGCAAGCUCACAAAAUCCAAAUUCUGAAGGGACUAGGAUGCUACCAGAUACCAGCACUAUCUUAUCAAGUGUAACUCCACCUGUUUCAUCUCUUUGGCCAAAUAUAACUAAGAGCAUAAGUUUAGACAACAUACAUUCUAUGGAUUCCAGAUUAUCCAAGAAUCAACAGUACAAUAAUCAUAAUACAAAUACUGCUUAUAAUAUUAAUAAUAAUUACAAGAGUAGGCUGCCAAUACCAAACUUUUAUUCGAACGGAAAUAUAUACAGUACACCUGCAAGUUGCAGCAAGCAUAAUUCAGAAUAUUACGAUAAUGAUCUGCCUUCAAUUGUCGAUAAUAGUAUCAAUACUGGAGUUAACAUAAUUCAAUCAGUAAACUCACUUCCCGAAACACAAAAUGAAAUUUCAAAAGCUUUGGUUCAUAGUGAUUUGAGCAACAUUAUGACAGACAGUAGCGCAUCUCAAUUCAAGAAGAAACUAAAGUCAUUAUUAAUAAAACAAAAAGGUAAAGUGCAUAAUCUAUACGAUGUUCUGAAUGUCCUAGCUGUUAAAUGGAGUGACACUUUAGUAAAAAGUAGUUACGCGGAUAGAGUAACAGACCCUAUUUCGCUGAAUCUGCUCACUUAUGAAGAAGCUGAUCGACGUUUAAACUUAUACAGAGAUGUUAUAGAUCGUGAUUGUAGACUACCAUUUGUUAAAAUUAGUAAAGACACUACGGUUGACAAAUUAAGAACUGAAAAACCUAUCUUUUUCACGACAAUUAUAUGUAUCGUAUCUAUCUUGAUGAAGCAGGACGAGACUACAGAAGAAACGAUUUUUAAUCUGAAUAGUUUUACGCUGCAUUUGAUCAAGAAUGAAAUUUUUCAACAUAAUAGGAAAUCAAUAGAAUUAUUAGAAUCAUUGUUGACAUUAUGUUUAUGGUAUAAUUUCCCUGAAUGGUCCAACAACACUCAUUAUCAUUUAUUCAACUACAUCAGCUGCUCCUUGACCAAAGAAUUAGGACCUACUUCAAGAAAUAGAUCAUUCGCAAUGUUCCCAGAAGAAAGCAAUCACUUUAAUAGGUUUAAAAAGGUAUCGCCUCUGGAAGCAUACGAAAAUGGUUAUAAAAUACAAAUUAUUAACUAUAUUUCUGCAACCAACAUUGCCUUAUUUCUGAGACAACGGAGUCAUAUCCAAUGGUCUUCGACCCUGGAAAAUGCAUGUGAUAAGAUUAUUAAUUACAAAAAUUCUAAUGAACCCUCUCAUAACUUUACAGAUGAUGAGAUGUGGGUAGUAUUUUUAAAAUUGAAUCAUUUGCUAGAAAAAAUACAAACGUACCUUCACGAACCUUUUGAUACGCAUGAAGAGCGCGAUGAUCCAGAAUACAGUGAAAGACAUAUCAAUAAUUUGUGCACGAGAUAUAAAAAACAGCUUGAUAUAAUAUUUGUGCAGAUUCCAGACGACAGGCAUAGAAUUUUAUCAUUCUACUUCUCUGUGGAGUCAUUUUUACAUCAGUUUAUUGUAAGAAGGUUUUUAAUAUUAAACGGUAAUUUUAAAGAAUUGCCUUCUAAUAUCACUACAUCUUUUGUUAGAUGUUGUGAGUGUUGCAUCCUAGCUUUAAAGGAAUUUUUGAAAUUAACUCCUAGAUUAGUUGCAUCUUUACCUUUAUUUCACAUGUCCAGAAUUAUUUAUACAGUAGGUAUGUUAUUGUUAAGAUGCAGAUACUCUUCUAUCGCCAUUCCAGUACUUAACAAAUAUAUUACACAAACAGAUGGUGUUGUCGACCUUGUAAACCAAGUCUCUGACUUACUAGAGAAAACUUCAAAAAUUUAUGUCUAUAAUACGUUCAUUUUGAAAUUUCAGUAUGUCAUCGCUCUUUUUGUUCAAACGUAUGCUAGCAGAGUAUUGGAAGAUAAAAAAAUACUCAAGCACAAAAAAACAAAUGGACAGAAAGCAGCAUCAAAAAAUGUUAAUAACAAAAAGCACGAUUCUAGUUCUUCAACUUUCAAACAUAAUCAUAAUCAGGAAUUAUUUACAAAUACGCAAAAUAUCCCAAACGUCAUGCAAAAUAUUCCUGCACAUACCACGUCAUCCUUCGGUAAUAACCUUGGUCUCAAGCACAAUAAAACUACUCCUUUAACAGAAACAGAAGAUUCACCAUCUACUUCUGUCGGUAACUUAACUGAAUAUUUAUCUGAUAUGGAUUCUCUUGCAUUAGGAUUUAACCAUUUAAAUGAUGAAUUUUGGUCAGAUAUAUUUAGUGGAUAUACAUAA